AUGGGGAACAUCCUACUCCUUCUUGGGCUGGAGCGUCACUACGUCUGUGCGUCUCAGGGCAAAUACCUGCAUUUCCAGGGCACCUGGCAGAGCUUAGGACAUUCUCAGAGAUGCAGAGGCCAUUUUAAGGUGGUCUGUGAGUGUCCAAAUGGCUCCUGCCAGGAGUUUUGCCUCGACUCAGAGAUCCAAGUUGGGAAAUGCCUAGAUGGCUGUGUCUGCUGCCUGCCCCUGGGCAAUGUCCCACAGGUUGACCCCACCACACCCAGCGGGGGCUGA